CCUCUCUCUCUCUCUCGCCUCGGUCCACGGCCUUCGGCGCCGACCCGACCCGACCACCGGUCCCCGGCGUCGACCGCCGUCGCCGUCCGAACGGCUUUCUCUCUCUCCCUACCCCCUCUCUCUCCCGCGCCCCGGUCUCCGGCCCCGUCGCCGUCGCCGACCUACGGCGCCGACCCGACCCGCCCCCCGGCCCCGACCGCCGGUCACCGACGCCGACCCCCGUCGCCGAACGCCGGUUCCCCCCCCCCGCUAUACCCCCACCCCCCCUCCCACCCUUCUCUGUCCAGACCCCCACCCCCACCCCCACCCACCCCUCCUCCGACGCCGGUACAACAGUCCAACAGCCGAAGCUCGGUCUUCAGCCGCAACCGCCACUCGGUCGCCAGCAGCCGCAGAUCCAUCUCAGCAGCGUAAUCCCCCGGCAGCAGGUCGACGCGGGGCUUGGUUGCCGGCUUGGUCUACAAGCGAAAUCUGGUGACUUCUAA